AUGCCCACACCAGACGAUACGCCCUCUCCCGCCGAGGUUCCUGUCCCUCAGUCAGACGCCAAGACCAUCGAAGCGGCCCAAAGUUCGCCGACAGCUGCGUAUUCUCAGUUGCCCGAAGAAGCAAGCUCUGAUCUUCCGGUCCCGGACCUGACGGUUGAUCUUCCUGCGGCCUCCAAUGAGUACAUCACGCCCGUUGCCCCUGUCUCGUCCCCAAUUCCAUCGCCCGAUGCGGGAGCUCAAUUCUUUGGUUCUCCGACCCGCGCCGCAGCACAACCUCAACCCCAACCCCUAGCGCCACAAUUAACAGGAGAGCCGUUUGAUGACCCAUUCGGCCCCGAGAACGACCACACUGGCCAGCCCAGCUUUAUGGAGGCCUUGAGUAAGAGCAUGCGGACGUCUCCUGCCAGAGAAGAACCCGAGGUCUCGUUCUCAAUGUCGGGAUCGCUUCAAGUCGCUCCAGGCGAUGAAGCCGAUGAGAUGAGCUGGAUGCAAGAGGCUCCUGCCCCACGCGAGCAGCCCUUCGCUCAGUCGCGCUCCUUCCAUUCUAGUACGAACACAGCUUCUAGGUCAAUGCACAGCCGGCGACAGAGUUUUGAGAUUAGUCUCGUUAGUCCGGAUCGUGCCGAGGAGACCGAAGUCGAGGAAGAGCAGCCUGGAGCAGAAGAUGAGGAGGAGGAUGAUGAUAUUUGGGCGGUAGAAGCAUCGCGCCCGGCUUCGAAUGGAGGCCGUCAACAGUCCUUUGCGAAGCGAUCAGCGCCGUCUAUCCCUCCCAGGCGCACAGCUCUUCCUAGCCCUUGGCAGAAACCCGCCGAGCCUGCCCCCAAGCAGACGCUGUUCACGCCAGCGGUGUCACGAAACCGCAAGUCAGACUUUGCAGACGGCGAAGUGGAGGACUUCUCGAUGCUUUCUCAACAACAGAGCCGUCAGAAGCAGAUUCCUCAAAAGGCGUUUGAGGUGGCCCAGAGGUCGUCCGCCAAGAAGGAUCUGGCUGCCUUCUUCUCUUCUCCCAAUCUCCUACCUGGAGCAGAGGGCGUCAAGGAGGUCUUGGACAAGAAGCGACUGAAUCUCCAAGGUGCUGCUCAACGCCCUGAGCGGGUUGAUGCCGGCCUCGAGACAAACUCCAUGUUCCCAUCUAUUCCGCAGAAGGCUUUUGCCCCUUCCGCCAGCGGGCGUUCGGAUUUGUUCUCGCCCGCCAAGCCUUCGGCGACCAAGUCUAUUGCUGACACGUACGACUAUUCGGAUCCCGUAUCGGCUAUAAAACCGUCCGUCCUUGGAAAGUCGGUCAUGGAUACCCGUCGCGAGCUGUUCGCGUCAACGAACCUCCGCAGUAGCACCAGACACCGGUCCGAGAUCCCAGACUCGCAGCCCAACAUGUCCGACGAGGUAUCGUUCCCCUCCGUACCGCAGAAGAAGAACUUUACGCCCAACGUGGGGGCCCAAAAGAACACCCAGAACAACCUCUUCAGCAAGGCCCCCUCGGCGGCCCCGGUGCCCUCGCUGACGCCGGUACGGAUGCAGCUCACGCGCGCCGACAUCCAAAAGUGGCAGGAGAGUAGUGCCUCCGCCAUUGCGGAAAGCUCGCCCACCGCCGCCGAGUCCAAGUCGGUGUCAGAGUCCGAGUCGGAGCAGCGCGCCCGCCUCCUCCGGCCGUUGCCCGACAGGAACAUGUCGCCGACAAAGUCGUGCCUGCGGUCCCCGCUGAAGCCCCGCACGCCGGGCCGCGUCGUCGAGUUCACGAGCAGCGUCCUCUCGCCCCUCGCGCAGGCCCAGGUCCGCGCGGAGCGGCGGUUGUCUGCUAGUUCUAGCGGUAGCGCCGCUGCUGCGCAGCAACAGCAGCAGCAGCGCAUCGCUGCCAUUAUGGAGGAGGAGGACAAGGAGAAUGGUGAUGCUGCUGGUGCUGAAGCCACCGUCGUUGAGGAAGACGAAGAGAUGAACGAAGACAUGGACGUCUCCAUGACCGACGCACCACAAAUGGUAAACGAUGUCCAGAAAUCAGCACUCAUCGAAGAGCAAGAACCCCAGCGUCUCUCGCAGACAAUGUGGUCGCGCGACCACUGGCUGCUCCUCGACGACAUCAUCCAGCUGCGCCGCGAGGGCCCCUUUGACUUUGAGUUCCCCGACGACUUCACCAGCAAGUCGGCCUGGUUACUCGGCCGGUCCGUCAACUCGCACGGCGCCAGCUUGAAGCUGGAGCAGUGGCACCUCGACGUCGUGGACGCCUUCCAGGCCGAGGUGGGCGUAUGGAGCGAGGAGGCGCUCGCCAAGAGGGUGUUUUCGCUCAUUGUUGGGGAGGAGCUUAGGAGGCAGGGGAAGGCUCCCAAGGCUCCUUCGGUUCGGUUUUCAUAG